UAUGUGCUAAUCAUUUUCUGUACUUUCGAUUCAGAUAUGAUAAAACUUAAUGAAGUCAUGUCAUUGAUUACAAAUUAAAUCAAGUAUUUGGAUUAUCACCAGAUAUAGUUAGAUAUCGGAAGUUAUAAAUGGCGGGGUCGCGUUGCCCCAAAACAGUCGCGGGUAGAAUUCGGAAGGCAUUAUGGCGGACAAAAUUGGAGUUUUGCUGAUAUCUCUCUUCGUUGGGAGUUUAGCACUACCCCAACCCCAAACUCCAGAUGACUUGUCCAUUUUCUUCGACCACACGGACACCAGCGCUCGGAUCGUGGGCGGCACACAAGCACCAGAAGGGAGCGUGCCGUACAUGGUGGCCAUGUCGCAAGGGCUGCUCGUCCGCUCGUUCAUGUGCGGGGGCUCCGUCAUCGGGCCAAGGCUCGUGCUCACGGCCGCGCACUGCAUUGAAGCUGCCUAUAGCUUUGGAAGUCUAUCUUCCUCUCUCCGCGUAACCGUGGGCACCAACCGCUGGAACCUCGGCGGGCAGACGUACUCCCUGGAGCGCAACGUCACCCACCAGCACUACGUGGCGAACAUCAUCAAGAACGACAUCGGUUUGCUGAUCACCACGACAGACAUCGUGUACUCGAGCACCGUGAGGCCGGUGGCGUUGGCGUUCGAGGAGGCCGGCGGUGGUGUUGCCGCUAGGGUUGCGGGAUGGGGCAGGAUCAGGGCAGGAGGCGCACUCUCCACCGUGCUCCUGGAGCUGUACACGGAAACAAUCGGCAACCAACUCUGCGUGGAAGAGGUAGAGAAAGCUGCCAUAGACUGGAAGGAACAGAACAACGUGGAUGCUCCUCCUGUUGACCCUGUUCUUGAAAUCUGCACCUUCCACUCUCACGGACACGGCAAUUGCAACGGCGACUCCGGCAGUGCGUUAGUGCGUGUAGACACCCAGCAGCAGAUCGGCAUCGUUUCCUGGGGCUUCCCUUGCGCGGUCGGUGCACCAGACAUGUUUGUACGCGUCAGCGCGUAUAGGCACUGGAUACUCGCGAAUGCAGUGUAAAAACGACCUUAGUGGUUUAAUAAUAAGGUUCAAUUUUAAAUAGCACUUGUUGUACUAUAGACCUACUUAUACUGCAUUAUAACAGAUCGGCGUCGUCUCGUGGAGCUUCCCUUGCGUGGUCGGCGCACCAGAGAUGUUUGUACGGGUUAGCGCGUAUAGGCACUGGAUACUCGCGAAUGCCGUCUAAUAACGACCUAAGUAAUUGAUUUAAUAAAACGGUUCAUUUUUAAAUAGCA